GCUUUUUUUUCUUAUUUAUUAACAUUUCGCAAAUGAAGUAUAUCGAUAUAUGUAGCGCUCUCUACGACUACCAAGCUCAAUCAAAAGAAGAAAUAUCUUUUCAGGCACAAGAUAUCCUUUAUAUUCUAGACAAAUCCGAUGUAGAUUGGUACAAAGCUCAAUUAAAAGUCCAGUCGUUAGAUGGCCCUACGGGUUUAAUUCCUGCUAAUUACCUCGAAAAGGCUGCACCUUUAGGAACCGUGACAGCUGUGUACGAUUACACUGCUCAAUCUCUGGAAGAAUUAUCCUUCAAAGAGAAUGAAGUAUUGACAUUGUACGAAAAGGAUGAUACCGAUUGGUUUGUUGUCCAGAACUCCAAAAGUGAAUUUGGUUUAGCUCCCGGUAAUUAUGUACAGGAAGAUAUACCAGCAGUCAAAGACACUGUCAAAGAGACAAAACGGGAUAUGGAACCAAGGUGGGCUAUUGCUUUAUUUAGUUAUCAGCCACAAAGUGAUGAGGACACGUUUUUAGAAGAUAAUCAGCAGGUGUUGGUAACAGACUAUACUGGAAAGGAUUGGUGGACCAUCGAACAUAAGGAUGGAAAAGCUGGUAUUGUUCCUGCAAACUACUUAAAAUUCCAGGAUGUUUAUGAAGCUGAAUUAAAAGCCGAGCAAGAACGAGAACAAGAACGUUUGCAAGCUCACAAAGAGCAGGAACAGAAGCAACUGGAACAGAAAAGACAAAAGGACUUAGCGGAUCGUAAAAAUCAUAGAGAACAACAGGAUAAGGAGAAGGAAAGACAACUUGAAGUCGAAAGAAGGAGAAAAAUGCAGGAAGAAGCGAAACAAAAAGAGAUCGAAUCCAAAAGACAAGCUUCUUUCUCUGCUGCUGCUGCUGCUGCUUCUGCUGCUGCUAAUGUGAUUCCUUCUCCUCAAUUAGGCUCUCCUAGACGUAGUCAAAUACCUGCCCCUCCUCCACCUACAAAAGCAGACAUACCACAACACAAUGAUCCUAAUAAGCCAGAUCCAUCCAGAAUUCGCAUGUGGACAGACAGAACCGGCGCAUUUAAAGUUGAAGCCGAAUUUUUAUCAUGUGCCAAUGGAAAAAUUAGACUUUUUAAAACAAACGGCGUCAAGAUUGAUGUACCUACCCAAAAAAUGUGUAUGGAGGAUUUGUUAUACAUCCAAUCAGAAACCGGCCAGGACCUUAUACAACAUGAUGACAUCCCUUUAGGACAGUUAAAGGUUGGAUUUACAUGGCUCGACUAUUUUAAAAAAACUCGAUUACCUCAUUAUGCUUGUGUACAAUAUGCAAAGUCGUUUGAGAAGAGUGGUUUAGGUGAACACGAUGUAGAACGCUUAACUCAUCGUAGAAUGAAAUCAUUGGGCAUGUCGGAAAGACAUGUGCAGAGGAUCCAAAGAUUCAUUGAAACAAACCGUGCCGAACCUCCUUCUGAAGAUGAAAAUGAACAGCCCAAAAAAGUAAAGAAACAUGUUACAUUUGGCGCUGUCAGUUACAUUGUCGAAAAUGACGAUGAUAACGACGGGGAGGAAGACGAAGGUAGUGUACUAUGGCAAAUUGAGCAAGACGAAAGAUUAGCAAGACAAUUGCAAGAGCAAGAUCAUCAUGCCGGUGGAUUACAGCGUCGUGGUACAGGUAGACCAACUCCUGCUCAAUCCGCUCCUAGAGGUGUCAAUUCAGCUGUUUUAACUCCUCAAAAAUUCAAUCCUGAGCCAUUAAAGCCAACACCUCCGCUUCCACAACAACAACCAUUACAACCCGUUCCAAAUGCUCCCCCAGCACUACCCAAGUUUGAGGAUGAUGCAUGGGCACCACGCUCAUCACCAUCAACUGCACCUUCCACCGCUCCUACGUGGAAUCAAGCUUCCGCACAGACUCCCCCUACAACAUUGGCUGCUUCUCGUCAAAGACCUACACCACCUGUACCCCAACAAAGUCUAGUAGACCCACAAUUAUUAGCCAAAUGGGGCGGAAGUCCUUCCCUUGCAGCUGCUAACAGUCGUCCUGUACCACCUCCACCCACAGUGGCAUCUUCUCCUCUACAUCAGCCCUUAAACUCGUUGCCAACGCAACAACAACCCACGUUCCAUCAACAGCCAUCGAAUAGUAGUUUUUCGACACUUCAAUCGAACAAUAGUUUUGUAACAGCACAAUCCACCCCAAGUUUUGCACCUACUACAACAUCCACACAAUUUCCACCUGCUCAACCUACCAACAAUUUCGUACCUACCCAAACUCCUAACAACUUCGCCUCUCCCCAGCAACAGUUAACCACUGGAAAUAGUUUCCAACAACCAACGAGUGCAGGAAGCUUUACAUCAACCAACUUCCAACAUCAACUUCCCACUGGAAACAGUUUCCAAAAUCAAGCACACACUGGGAACAGUUUCCAACAACAACCUCGCAGUAUACAGAAUCAGACUACUGGGUUACAGCACCAAGCUUCCGGCUUACAACAAGUCAAUGUAAAUAGCUACCAAUUACCUAACCAUAGCGGCAGUUUUUCAUCAUCUCUGCCACAAACAAGCUUCCAACAUCAAUUACCUACUAGCAAUGGUAGCUUUUCUUCUCUUCAGACAGGCAAUACUAAUUUUCAACAACCUGCUAAUUUCCAGCAGCAGCAUCAACAACAACAAGGUUAUGCUGCCUUUAAUCAUUCACCAUCCAUGCAAUCCGCCUAUUUGGGAGUUCAAGCCCAACCCACGGGUGCUAGUUGGGCCGCUGCCACACCUGCUAACCCAUUUGGCGGAGCGUCUCCUUCACCAUCGUAUCAACAAUUACCGCCCCAAAAUAAUGUACCUCAAUAUAAUAAUACCAUAGAUCCCAACGAUAAAUAUUCCGUCUUUAAAACGGUCGAUACAACAACACC